AUGCUGGUUGGGCGAAGCUGGGCUUCGCUGCCUCUCCUGUGGCUGGUGGGGAGCUUGGCGGGGGAUCCGGCGGGUUACAGGCGGAAGGUUUCUCUGGAAUACAACCCUGGUUUAAACAGCUCCUCCGACAACCUCUUGCACAUCCGGGCUGUGGGCCACAAUGAUACGAUCCAUUAUGUGUGGAGCACUAUUGGGGCACCCACAGUGUUGCUGGUGUACACAGGAAGCCAGAACAGCACCCUCCAUGUGAACUGGACCAAGCUCUUCUCUCCCUAUCCCUCUGGAGCCAUCCACGUUGAACCCGCCGAGAGCGUCUUGUAUUCUACAGCAGCGAUCUUUGCAAAGGUGUUUGAGUACAACGGUGUCAACACAUCAGAUCUCCUCAAGGUCCCUGAAGAUCAGUUCUACCCCACCUAUAAUUUGGCCAAUUUUACCUGGGAAAGCCUCGAUGGCAAAUUGAAUGAGACCAUGCUGACGGCUACUUUUCAGGGUGUUGCCUCGAGCCCCCAUGGAGCCUUUGGGAAUGGCAGUAUAUCCUUCCAGGUGACGGCUUACGAAGAGAGCAGUCGCGACACCUGCCUCCCCCAUCUCUUCCACACAGCCAACUGCUCCAAGGUCAACUUUGUCAUGAAUGGGGUGCCUCCACGGGGCAACCACUCUCGCUUUGCUCUGGAGAUCGUCACGGUGGAAGAGGGAGAGGGGCGCAAGCGGCUGGAAUCUAUCCGCUCCAUCGAUGAUGAGUAUACCCCAACAAUAUUUGAGAUGGCGCAGCUGGUUUCUGUGCCCCACAACCACAGCACCACAUCCAGCUUCCUCCAGUGGAAGAAGACGGCUUACAGCUCCCAGCAUGCUGAGCGGGCAGACACCAUCCGCUGCCAGUAUUACCAGCUGCAGACAAACUUCACAGUUCCCAGGCCUAGCAUAGCCCAUGCCUACUUUCGGGAGGAACUUGAGAGCCACGAUGGUGUAGCUGCCAUCAAUAUUUCCUUUGGCAGCGAGGACAGUGAGGCCUAUGAAGAAAGACACUACUUGAGCUGGUCUGCCUUAAUUGGAUUUGGUGAACCACCCAAGGACGCUUUUUCCACCUUAGUGAUUGCCAUCCUUGCAGUGGGGCUAGGGACUCCAGUGGUGCUACUGGUUGGAGGGAGCAUCGCUGCCCUUGUCAAACGGAAGAAACGGUAUUCUGAAUAUGAACCAAUCAACUGAUCAUCGUGAAACC